AUGGGCUUCACCACGGGUUUUACCGGCGGUGUCGCCCUUACCCUCUCGGUGGCCUACCUCUCCGUCCUGACGCACCAGCGCAACCGCGAACAGCAAGGUGCCGCCCUCCGUGCGCAAGCGUUGGCCCUCCAGUCUCUCGUGGACCCAAUCCCCCAACCGCUGCCGCCGACGAGGUCAGAGGUGGCCGCGGAGCAGCGCGCGCACACGGUCGAGGUCGCCAAGGAUCGCUGGAAUCACGAGAUCGAGAACGCAGUGCACUGGGCGCAGAACACAGACUGGGACGGCGUGAGGGAGCGCAUCGAGAAGGAAUCUACGAGGUUAUGGACCAAGCUGACGGGGGAGACGCCGGCUGAGGAGGUCGAAUGGGUCAAGGAGACGGCCAAGGUCAAGGCGGCCGAUGUCACGGGCGGCGUGGCCGAUGCGGCGAGAGCGGCAUACAGCAAUGCCAAGGCCAAGGGGCUGAGCGUGGAAGAGGCGGCGGAGAACAAGGCGCUCGAGGCGCGACUUAGGUUUGACAAGACGGCGACCAAGGUCGAGUGGGCGGCCGAGGACAAGGCUGUCGAGGCCCGGGGCGCGUUGGCAUCGGCGUGGGAGAGCGGCAAGGACAAGGCCACGGAGCUUGCUGACAAGGCAAAGGCAGCCGUCGGUGCCGCCGAGGACAAGAUGGAGCCUACAGCUGACGGCAAGAUCGUGCCUGGGACCACAGCCGUGGAAAAGGCGCUGCAUGAGCGGUACUUGCGACCAGAGGCCAAGGUGAACAAGACGGUCUCGGAGGCGUUGAGCGAGAGGUACAUUGCACUGAGCGAGAGGGACAAUACGGUGCUCAGGGGCGUUUGA